UUUGGGGAGGAGCCAGAGGGAAUAAGCAAACAGAGAAGAUGUCACUGACUGUGAAAGGAAGUCCGCCUUACACGGAACACCUGACAACGGAUUUGGAAGCUGUUUGAAUUUUCUUUACUUUCCUCAUUUUUUAUGCUUACUGUUUCUUUGAUGUUCUUGGACUAUUGGACUUGAACUCCACGCAGGAAGUCAUUACCUAACACCGCCAACUCAGCAUUUAUCAUUGCAGCGUCAUUCCACUCCUCACAGGAUUACUUUUUUUUUUACAUAAAUACACUUCGAUCAUGGCAGACUUUCCAUCUAAGGUUACCACGGAGACCAGCCCCCCCAACUCCCAGGGCGCUCAGCAGGGGGGCAACAGCCUGAGAGCGGGGGCAGCUAACCUUAGCAGCAAGAUGGACAUGUCUUUUGUCAGGAGCAUCCCAUCUGUGCUCAUGAUGGCUCAAAUAUGUUUGGGCUUGCUCCACUGGGCGCUGAUUGCCGCCUCUCCUUACAUGUGGGCGCCGGCCAAUGGCUGGGUGCUGUUUGUGGCCGUCACCUUCUGGCUUCUCACCACCGUCCUGUUCUUCAUGAUCCUCUUCCGUGUCCAGACGAGACUUUCCGCAGUGCCGUGGCCCCUCACGGUGAUGGUGUACCAUGGAGUUGCAACGCUCCUCUACCUGACUGCCUUCCUGGCCAACGCCGCGUCCGUUCAGCCCUUCUAUUACAGCUACUUUUUUGGACAUAUGGCCGCCGCUGCUUUUUUCGCCGCCGUCGUGACGGUGGCAUACGGCGGCAGUGCUUUCUUCUCCUACUUGGACUGGAAGGGAGACGGAGGAAACGCCGCCACCAGCACGGUGCCCACCUAGGACCGCAACAAAGCCUCGCAAGAAAAAGGAAGAAAAAAAAAGCACAGUUUUAUUACUGGAAAAAGUCUUGUGUUUAUAUGAGGUAAUCAAAGAGUCAUGUGAUGAUCAAUCAUGCUCCACCUGGAUGACACUCCCUUGGACACACCAUCAUACAUUAUAACUGUAACACACUGGAAUGUACUGUUUGCUUUCUGUCCAACGAUGAAUGUAGAAGUAAUAUGUGAUGUACCGAAACCACUUAGAUGGCGUUGUCAUAAAUGCAAUAUCGACAAUG